CGCCGGCAACGAGUUAUCAUUACAAGACAAAAAUUAUUACACGGCGGUGGAGAUAGAGUCUAGAGAGAGAGAGAGGUUGACUACGGCAAUGGCGGUUCCAAGGGGAGACAAUGGUUUGAUGGAAGAAGACGAUGUUGACGCUAUUAUCGAGGAAAACGGUGUUGACUACGAAAGCGAUUCCGAGCUUUCCUCAAACCUCCGUGACUUUGCCGCCGCUGCUCAGUCCGGUGACGUCGUCGCCUUACGCACCGCCAUUGACAAUUUGAAUGGGAGAGUUGAUGAGCCACUUGAGGAUAAUGACUCGGCACUUCACCUUGCGUGUCUAUAUGGUCACCUCCCUUGUGUUCAGCUUCUCCUGGAGAGAGGUGCUAAUAUGGAGAUCAAAGAUGAAGAUGAAGCCAUUCCUCUGCAUGAUGCUUGUGCUGGAGGAUACUUAGAGAUAGUACAGCUUCUUUUCAGCCGAGCUAGUAAUCCUGAAUGUGUGAAGAGAAUGAUUGAAACUAUCGAUGUAGAAGGUGACACUCCUCUGCAUCAUGCAGCGAGAGGUGAGCAUGUCAACGUGAUUAAUUUUUUGCUGAGUUCAGGUGCUUCACCAACAAUCAAAAACUCGUAUGGAAAGACACCAGGUGAAUUAGCUGAUGUAAACACUGAUGCCAGGAGAAUCCUCGAAGCUGUCAUUGGCGACUCACUCAGCUCCUAAUGUUUAUGCAACAAUCUUGAGCCAGUCAUGAUAUGAAAUUUGAAUGGCUUCUCGUUAAGCUUUUAUAUGAAAGGUGAACAAUGAUGCUAAUAAAGCCUCAUCGUCUUCUACAACUGAGAAAUCAGCUCGUUGCAGUCAUGUUAAAAAGUUCCUUGAACCAUUGAUAUUGUCACUUAGAACGAGUAGGGGAGAGAGAAACUUCAUCGAUGGGAAGUUUAACUUAUGUCUGUUUUGCAAUCUCCAUGGUCAAACACAGAAAAUGAUAUUAGACAAUCUAUAUUAUAAUGAUUGAGUUUAAAAGCUCAGGUGUCCACAUAGGCAGAUUGUGGGUCCCACA